GGCCUCAGCGUCAAUGAUCCAUUGGACCACAGUGUCAAGGGAGGCGCGGGGCUGAGCCUCAGUGAAGCGAUGACGCGCACUUCAUAUUGAGGGGAGAGGCCUUCGAGGAGACGGUAGAUCUGAAGGUUGGGGGGAGAGUAGUCUGGCGAGCCUCAAGGCGGGAGGCAAGGUCCAGGAGACGGCUGGUGUAGUCAACGGCGCCAGCACUAUGUUCGAUCGUGAUGCUGAAGUAUUCCUUGAAGAGCGGUCCGACACCAUCGAAGUCGGUGCGUUCGAACAUUGCCUCAAGCUCGAGCCAGAUCUGGCGGGAGCCGAUGCGACGUGCCUGGAAGUUGCGCAUGAGCGCAGACGGGAUGGCAAGGAGAAGGGCACCAGUAGCACGGCUGUCCGCCUCGAGCCAGGCGCGACGACGCUCAGCAAAUCGCGCAGAGUCAGCGGCAUAAGCGGCGGCGGUAGCGGCAUGCUGGGUGCGGAGGGUUGCCGACCGCUCGUGUUCCUCCAACACGAUCAGGUAAUCAGUAUGGAGCACGAGGAACUCACGACGCUGAGUAAGGAAGAGCUGCUCAACUUCAGCGGUGGCAGCGCGAGUGCUGGUGCCAACGGGUACCAUGGGGGGCGGAGGUUCCUCGCCGGGAUGGGGAAUGAGAGGGGGGGGAUCGCCAGGGUGAGGCGGCGGGUCCCCAAGGUCGCCCUCUGGGAGACCAAGCAUGAUGUCCAGGAGGCGGAACGGCAGGACAUAAGCACUGCCGAGGACGCGGUGGAGGCUGCCGACGAAGGAAUACCAUCUGCUGCUCCUUCUGGUGCUGCUGCUGCUUCUGCUGCUGCUUCUGCUGCUGCUGCUACGGCUGCAGCAGUGGUAAGGCGGCGAUGAGCAGGUGCAGGUGAGGAGGCAAAAGAUGGGGAAAGAUGGCAGUUAGCUGAUGAAAAUAGGACUUGGUAGAAAUUUCAGUAGCAGUUCGUGAUCACAUCCAGGAAAGUGUGCAAACUUCGGAAAGCGAUAUCUGA